AUGGCAAAACACACUGUAUCAGAUGCCAUUGGACUGUAUAUUAAGAUAGAUGGAUACAUUUCAACCAAUACGUACAAGUAUAAGACAGCAACCUCACCAUAUUUCUAUUCAAAGAACACAAAACAGGAUGAGAGUAGUGAAAUAAGAGAGAUGACUGAUGAAUUAGAAAAGAAAGAGACCAAUAACAACUUAUAUACAGCAGAAUGGCACAUUCAACUGCCAUACAGGACACUUCCAACCUUCAAGUCAAAAAAUAUUUCAGUUUACUACGAGGCAGAAGUGAUAACAGUACAGCUAAGAAACAAGACAACACACAGAACAAGAGUGGAAAUCCAUGGAAACAACCUGGAUUGUGAGUGUGAUACGAAUAUAAUUGAGAAUAACAAUGAGGAAUACUACGAAUUGAAGGAGAGACUGUGUAAGGAAGCACUUAAGGAUUAUUGCACAAACAAGCAAGAUGAGUCAAUUGACAUCAAAACAAACACAGAGGAAGUAUUCAGAAUAAAGGAUGGGACAAUUACGAUGCAGAAGAAUCACAGUGGGAAAAGCAACCUAAAUGAAAUAGACUUCACGCAGGUGAUUCAAAAGGUGCAAGAAAUGAAACUGGGCAAGAAAGAACGAAAGGAGAUUAGGCCAACCAAAUUGCCAGUAUUCAGACGAGUCAACAUACUGCAGAUUGAGAAGGAGCCAACGUCUAUGAAAGUAAACAGCAAGAAUGGGCUGAUUGCAACCAUAAAAAUACGAGACAUUUUGGAGUACAAGGCCAGUCUUAGGAUAAUUUAUGCUAAGGCAAUUUAUUCCACCCGAAUUGAAGUGUUUGUAGAGGACCUGGUUGAUGGUGAGUUGAUUGAUAUGACAGUUGUAAAGAGUGAGAGUGUCGUAACAAAGCACUGUCUGGAGCGAGUAUUCGACAUCGACUUCGAAUGCGACGACAAAAAGGUGUUCAGUAUAAAGACAGCCAGAUUUGAAAGAAGGAUCUAUUUGGUGGUGAACCUGGACGAGUACGAGGUGAAACUGCCCCUGAAAGUGGCCAAUAGCACCGCGCUGAUCGAGUAUAUUUAUUAG